UGGGGUAUGGCGGUGAUCAGGAUGCUGGUGUGGGGUAUAUGGCGGUGAUCAGGAUGCUGGUGUGGGGUAUGGCGGUGAUCAGGAUGCUGGUGUGGGGUAUGGCGGUGAUCAGGAUGCUGGUGUGGGGUAUGGCGGUGAUCAGGAUGCUGGUGUGGGGUAUGGCGGUGAUCAGGAUGCUGGUGUGGGGUAUGGCGGUGAUCAGGAUGCUGGUGUGGGGUAUGGCGGUGAUCAGGAUGCUGGUAUGGGGUAUGGCGGUGAUCAGGAUGCUGGUAUGGGGUAUGGCGGUGAUCAGGAUGCUGGUAUGGGGUAUGGUGGUGAUCAGGAUACUGGUAUGUUGUAUGGAGUGAUUAGGAUGCUGUUAUGGCGGUGAUGAGGUCGCUGGUCUGGCCUAUGGCGGUGAUCAGGGUUCUGGUAUGGUGUAUGGCAGUGAAAAGGACGCUGGUAUGGCAUAUGACAGUGAUCAGGGCACUGGUAUGGGCAGGGAUGUUGA